UUUGUCCUCAAAUUAAUAAGAGAAAAAACAACGUUUUUUAUUUUAUUUAUUUAGAAAUAAUGCUCUUUGGUGAUAGCACACGCUUUGGCAUUUACAAAACGUAAACCUCGGAAAAAUCGGUCGAAAAAUGAGCAAGUUAUGACUUAAUUUCAAUGCCCAUGCAUUGCUUGUGACGGGAACAUCGACCUUCCUAACAUGGUCGCCACGUAGGUACGUCGGUUAGCUAGGAUGCUACAGCGCGCUAGCGUAUAGUCUUCAUAUCCAUUUUCUCAACCCGCUACACACAUUUGCAGCUGUGUUAACGCUAAUGACCAGGGUCAUGGGGCAGUGGAGCCUAUCCCAGCUGACUAUGGGCGAAAGGCAGACUACACCCUGAACUGGUCGCCAGCCAGUCGCAAGGCACAUAUCGACACGGACAACCAGUCGCACUCACAUUCACACCGUCACUGAGUGGGACCUGAACCCACGCUGCCUGCACCAAAGUCAGGCGAGUGUACCACUACACCAUCAGUGACCUUUAUUUAUGUAUUAUUUUUAUUUUCUAAACUGCUACAUUUGAAUUCCCCCUCUGAGAAUCAAUAAUUACUAAAUAAUCAAAAUCUGUUUUGACGAAGUAAGGAGUAGAAAGUAUGCAGUAUUCAAAUGCAGGGUAUAAAAGCAAAAAAAAAAGAUACUUGAAAAGUACAGUAUGUGUUCUUCGUUACUCCCACUACUGCCAGUUUCAAUGGCACGAAUGUGUAUUUGCACUUGGAAAUGAAUGUGAGAUCACACCAUCAGAUAUUCAUGAUCCUCAUCAAUGAUCCACUCCAAUCACAGAGGUCUCCCGGAGAGGAAGAGGAGGAGGAGGAGGAAGGAAGAGGAUGGUUAGGAGGAUGAGAGAGGGUGGGUGCACCUGCUGUCCUGUGCCUCGCUGCAGUGAGAGUCAGACCAGAACACUCAGCUCGGAGAGGAACACCUGACUUUCACACUGCACGCUUACCAGAGCGGGGUCCAGAACCACAACAGAACACCCAGCAACGAUGCCCCGUCAGUGCGGCGGAGGCAGCGGAAGCAGCGGCACCCUUUUCUCGGCGUGCCUCCUCUCUGUGUGUCAAGCCCUGCGGAGCUGCGGGGAGGUCCAGUGCGCCGAUGGCCAACAGUGCUGCCCGCCCAUCGUCGUCGGGAACGGGAGCGGCAGCAGCGGUGGCGGUGGUGGAGGAGGCUCGACGGUACGCUGCUGCAAGCUCCCAAUCCACAUCUUUUUCGACAACGUGGGGUGGUUCACGCGGAAGUUGUCGGGCAUCCUGAUCCUGUUGCUGCUCUUCGCCAUGGGUUACUUUAUCCAGCGGAUCGUGUGCCCCCGACCGCGCCGCCACCCGCACCAGGACCGCGGGGAGGAGCCCUCGCUCUUCCACGGCCACGCGUCCGCCUCCCAGGACUCCCUGCUGGACCGUUACCCCGAGUGCAACCCGGUGGACUUCGCCUCGCCCAACCUACCAGCCUACGACGAGGUCAAAUAUUUGCCCACGUACGAGGAGAGCAUGCAGGAGAUGCACCGGGACCGCUCCGAUGACAACUUGCUGGCCGAAAACGAGACGAGCGGUCCGGGCAGAGGCAGGGGGGCCGGGCCGGGGGCUGGAGCGCACAGACUGGAUGUUCUGGAAAGGUUGGGAGGGCAGCAGCCCAGCCCAAGGACAUCUCGGAACUCUGUCUGAUGGAAACCACGUGCAUUUUAAGACAAAAUCCUAUUAUUUUACUUUUACUCUCAAGUGCAAUUUUAACACCGAAUGUUGACUUAUAAUAAAUGAGACUACAAGAAGUACAAUUGCUUUUUGUAUGCAAAUAAGCACUCAGGCGAUAUGUAAAUGAGGUGAUAAAAAAAUUUCUUUGUGUUGACAGCUGUAGUUUAAAUCAGGGGUGUUUAGUUAAGGAGUCACAUUCACCUGAAUUUUUGAUCUCAAGUGGGCAGGGUCAGUAUAUUCGUCAUCUAUUAAGAUAUAUAAAGACUAUUCAAAAAUUUCUCAUUGUUUAUGUGCAAAUAUAAUAUUUUUCGAAAAAUAUUCACGUUUAUGGAAUAUUAUCCCGUUACAAAUCAUAUAAGCAAUCUGAAAUUUCUUCUAAAAAACUAUUUCAACAGUAUUAUGAAUCUUUGUUUUCAUUUUCCCCAUGUGCAAUUCAAUUUAAUUUUUAAUUCAAAGGUAACAGAAAACAACAAAACAACAAGAUUUAAACAAAGAUAAAACAAAUUAACUCACCAUACAAAUUAGUGGGAACUUUUCAGAAAGAGGGUGCAGUUGUCUGCCUACCUUGUAAAUGUUUAUAUAAAAAUACAUAUAAGUUGUGGAAGUGCAUGAAAAAAAAACAUGAAAUGGUUCCACCAAACCAAACUCUUUUGAACUGAAGCUGUUGACAAUUUGCAAAAUUCAAUGUCUUACAUUUUUUUCUACAGUAGGUAUUAAUUUUUGGCAUCCUUUUGCCUUCACAAGUACAUCAAUAUCAGAUGUCAUUCCUGAGUAGCAGCCAAUUUCAGAAUGUCAUUUAAGUGGUAAGUAGUCAUGUACGUGGUCAUCAUUGCGACCUCCAGUGGACAGAAUUAGCAACAACAGCUACUUUUGUUGCCAAAUUGUAGUUAAUUUGCUCUCUAUCCCCAUGGCCCGGAUUGAACCCCCCAUUGGACCGGUUCUGGCCCGCAGACCAUACAUUUGAUAUUGCUGUUUUAAAUCAUAUUAAGUUGUACAGUACUCCAACACCUCAAACGUAGGUGCUUAAUGCUGCAGACCUUCUUGUUUUAAGUAUCACAUUUAUGUGUAAAAGGGCUUUCCCCCCCUCAGGAAUCGAUCCAACUUCAAUUUCACUUAAAACUGAUGUCUGCCAAAGUGAACACUUUUAAAGUCUUCUGUGUCUUAUCCAGGGAGGGGGGGUGUUGUUCAUUCAUUCUGCAGGCAUAGCUGCAUAAUGAAAUAUGAGGUGACCUUUUUGUAAUAAUCCAAAAACUACUCUUGACACCACAUACAUCACAAUGCCAGGAUUAAUGUCCUGUUUACGUAGAUUAAAAAAGCAGGAGAAUGACAUUUACUUAAAGUGAGUCAUGCAUUUAAAAAAAAAAAAAUUUCUUCUAAAAGAACAUUUCCCAAUUAGAGACCAGUCUGGCUGCUUUUUCAAAGCUGUGCAAAGCGGAGUGUGAUUGCGGUGGCUCGUGUAAUCCAACACUGGCCGACCAUGACUGAUGGCCUUGCUCUGCCAGAGAGAAAUCUGUGGGUGGAUGGGGCUAGCACUUAACAGCACAAAUCCAUGUUUAGAACCCACUUAAGGGUCAGAUGAGAGGGGACUGACCCCCGAGAAAGUGGUGGCCGUUUUACGAGGCGUAAAGAUGUGUGAAUGCUGAGUGACUUUCUCGCAUGUGAGACGGCCUGAGCGCUCUCAAGUUGCCUACAUGAAAUUUUAACUAAAAUCCUCCUCAAAUUAACUUGUAAUAUACUGAGACACAUUAAGAACAUACUACGAAUGCAGACACAAAAA